AUGUUCAUUCGUGCUAAUGUGUCAUUCAUGUGUAUUCCUCUUUGUUUCUCUUCUUCCCCUUAUCUAUCUAUCUAUCUAUCUAUCUAUCUAUCUAUCUAUCUAUCUAUCUAUCUAUCUAUCUAUCUAACAGCCUAUUCAGUUUUCUGUCUGUCUGUCUAUCUCAGCCUAUUCAUAUCUAUCUAUCUAUCUAUCUAUCUAUCUAUCUAUCUAUCUAUCUAUUUCAGUGUCAACAUUACCUAUCUAUCUAUCUAUCAGCCUAUACAUAGCUAUCUGUUUGUCUAUUUAUCUCAGCCUAUACAUAUCUAUGUAUUUCAGUUUCUACAUUAUCUAUCUAUCUAUCUAUCUAUCUAUCAGCCUAUUCAUAUCUAUCUAUCUAUCUAUCUAUUUCAGUUUCUACAUUAUCUAUCUAUCAGCCUAUUCAUAGCUAUCUGUCUGUUUGUCUAUCUAUCUCAGCCUAUUCAUAACUAUCUAUCUAGCUAUCAGCCUAUUCAUAUCUAUCUAUCUAUCUAUUUCAGUCUCUACAUUAUCUAUCUAUCAGCCUAUUCAUAUCUAUCUAUCUAUCUAUCUAUUUCAGUCUGUACAUUAUCUAUCUAUCUAUCUAUAUAA